AUGAACUGCCUCAGUUGGAACUGCCGUGGAUUGGGCCAGCCACGUGCAGUUCUGGAACUCACGGAGAUGGUCAAAAAGUACUCUCCGGCCAUCAUUUUUCUCAUGGAAACCAGAUCAAAGGAAGGCUUCUUAAAAAAACUAUGUUCGAAAUUACAGACAGACAAUGUUUUUAUUGUUCCACGAACAAACAUAGGAGGAGGUUUGGCUCUCUACUGGAAAAAUAGCAUUGAUCUCAAUGUAAUGAGUUCCUCACCAACUUAUAUUGACGCAGUGAUUAACCCAGGAGUGGAUGACGCCUGGCGGUUCACAGGUUUCUAUGGAAAUCCGGUAACAACCAACCGGGAACACUCUUGGGCGCUACUUAAACACUUAUGUCUCAAGAUGGACUUACCAUGGAUGUGCGUAGGAGAUUUCAAUGAAAUUGUUAAAGUGGAAGAAAAAAUGGGAGGUGCCCUUAGGCGGGAAAGACAAAUGAGGGAAUUCCGGGAAGUGUUGGAUUUUUAUGGCUUUCGUGACUUGAGCUUUGUGGGUUCACCGUUCACUUGGUGCAAUAACCGUCCUGAUGAAGGGGUGACAUGGAUUCGGCUAGAUAGGGGGGUGGCUAUACCUUCGUGGUCCCAAUUAUUCCCAACAGUCCGAGUACAUCACAUAGCUGGUUCCUUAUCAGAUCAUUGCCCAUUAUGGCUAAGUUCAGAUGAUGAGAACAAGCGCUUCUACAAGCGAAAUAGACCAUUUCAUUUUGAAGCGGCCUGGUUGAAGGAUGAGAGGUGUGAAGGGGUAAUCAAGCAGGCAUGGCAAAAACAUAGUCCAGGAGAGCAUAUGGAAAAGGUAAUACACAAAAUUGAGGCAUGUCGUACAAGUCUUCAGUGUUGGAGCAGAUUGUCCUUCAGAAACAUAAGACAAUUACUGGAAAAAAAGAAGAAGCAGUUGGUUCAAGCAGAAGCUUUAUCAAUGAGAGGGGGCAGCCAUGAACAGGUUCGGAUUCUAAAAGGGGAAGUAUACGAUCUCAUGGUGAAGGAAGAUGUCAUGUGGCACCAAAGGGCACGGGUUGAGUGGUUGCAAAGUGGAGACAUGAAUACCUCCUAUUUCCACAGUAGAGCAACUCAACGAAAUAAAAGAAAUUUUAUUUCAAAGCUGGUCUUGGAGGAUAACUCAGUUGUUGAAGAUGAAAAAAUGAUUGGAGAAGCCAUGGUGAACUAUUUCAGAAAUAUUUUCACUUCAACGUCCCCAUCUGAUUUUGAGCCUAUUCUCCAAGGUAUUGAGCCAAAGAUAACCCCUGGUAUGAAUGCAGACUUGACCCGAGAUUUCACAGCUGUAGAGGUGGAGCAAGCCUUGAAACAAAUGAAACCACUGAUAGCACUUGGACCCGAUGGUAUGUCUCCUAUUUUUUACAAAUCUUGUUGGAAUUUUAUAAGCCAAGAUGUAAUUGCUGUUGCCCUUUCUGUUCUUAAUUCGGGUACAAUGCCAGAAAACUUGAACCACACUUACAUAGCCCUCAUUCCAAAGACCAAAUCACCAGAACAAGCAAAAGAUUUUAGACCAAUAAGCCUUUGUAAUGUCCUAUACAAAAUCAUCUCCAAGACCAUAGCAAACCGCCUAAAAAAACUCCUACCCAAACUGGUUUCUGAGUCACAAAGUGCCUUCAUGUCCAAUAGAUUGAUAUCUGACAAUAUCCUUGUUGCCUUUGAAACACUCCACCACAUUAAAAAUAAGCGGAAAGGAAAAUCGGGUUUUAUGGCUCUUAAGCUUGAUAUGAGCAAAGCAUAUGACCGAGUGGAAUGGAUCUUUUUAGAAAAACUUAUGGAGAAAUUGGGUUUUGGUAGCAGGUGGAUUUCUCUCAUAAGCUCAUGUAUGCGUACUGUGUCAUUUUCGGUAUUGAUUAAUGGUGAACCCCAUGGUCACUUUACCCCUAAUAGAGGACUCCGUCAAGGGGACCCCCUCUCCCCUUAUUUGUUUCUCUUAUGUGCAGAAGGUUUACACUCUCUUAUCCAGCAAGCUGAAUGUUCCGGUUCACUUCGGGGUGUGUCUCUUUGUAGGGCUGGUCCAAAGGUGUCUCAUCUCUUUUUUGCUGAUGAUAGCUUGCUAUUUUGUAGAGCUAAUCAGAAAGAUAGCAACACCAUUCUAGAGAUACUACAUCAAUAUGAGAAAGCAUCGGGCCAACAAAUAAAUAGAGAAAAAACCCAACUAUUUUUUAGUCCCAAUACAGAUCACGCGAUGCAAGAGCACAUCAAAUCCAAGAUAGGAGUAUCGGCUACCCAUCAUAUUGAGUCAUACCUUGGCUUACCAACUUUUGUUGGAAGAGGAAAAAAGAAAAGCUUCAGUUACAUACGAGAACAGAUUUGGCAUAAGAUUCAAGGAUGGAAGGAAAAAUUGUUGUCACAAGGGGGUCGGGAAGUCUUGAUAAAGGCAGUCCUCCAAGCCAUGCCAUCCUACACCAUGGGUUGUUUUUUGCUGCCCAAGUCUUUGUGCAAGGAUAUAGAGUCUCUAAUCCACAAAUUUUGGUGGGGGUACAAGGGGGAAACAAGGAAAAUUCAUUGGAUUGGAUGGGACAAACUUUGCCUUCCAAAAUGCCAAGGAGGAUUGGGAUUCAAGGACGUGGAGAAUUUUAAUCUAGCAUUGUUGGGAAAACAGGUAUGGAGGCUCCUUCACAAAACUGAUUCACUCUUUUACAAAGUGUUUAAACCAAGAUUCUUCCCUAAUUGCUCAAUAAUGGAUGAGGAAGUGAAGCUAAAUGGGUCCUAUGCUUGGCAAAGUAUCAUGAAGGCUAGGCGGGUAGUGAGUUUGGGUGCUCGUUGGAGAAUUGGCAAUGGAAGAAAGGUUAUCAUUCGGAAGGACAAAUGGCUCCCAAAUCAACAUUCAAGCUGCAUCAUAUCUCCACAAAAAAACUUCCCAAAUAACACUCGGGUUUGUGCUCUUAUUGAUGAAAACAACUCAUGUUGGCUGGAAGAUCGGCUUCUUAAUGACACAGUGAAGUCAGCUGCAACGGGUCCUUCAAAUAGGAAUGCUCAUAAAAAUUUCUGGCAGAAGGUAUGGUCAUUGAAUGUUCCAAGCAAGAUUCAGCACUUCAUUUGGAGGGCUUGCAACAAUUCCCUGCCGACCAAACUGAAUUUAAGCAGGCGAAUCCCAAUUCCAAAUGCAAUUUGUGAGAGGUGUGGCAGUGAGAUUGAAGAUACAGUGCAUGCACUAUGGGGAUGCCAAAUGCUAAAGGAAUUAUGGUGGGAAGUGGAGCCGUGUAGAAGCUUCUUGUCCGAAAGUUUUGUCAAUUUCAGGGACCUAUUUGAGGGAGUGAUGCUGCGAAACAGUCACAACCUUGCUGAAAUUGUGGCUUUCAUUGCAUGGAGCAUCUGGUUUAACCGCAAUGCCUCGAGAGUGGGCAGCCCAACGUUGCCAAUAACUCAGAUUCAUCGGGAUGCUUUGGAGCGACUACAAGAAUUCCAGGCAGCCACCGAUCAUCCUCUGCACAUGCCGAUCGAAGCAAACCCGGCUCAUUGGCUUCCACCGCCGCCUCAGCAGUUCAAAGCAAACUGUGAUGGCGCUCUGUUUCAAGACAUUAACCGUGCUGGACUGAGAGUGGUUAUUCGAAACCAUGAAGGCAUGGUGAUGGCGGCUCUUACUGAACAGGUCCCUCUGCCUCCAUCAGUGGAGGAUGUGGAAGCAAUGGCGUGGAGAAGAGCAGUCACAUUGGCUGGCGAGCUUGGAAUGCAAGAUGUGGUGUUUGAGGGUGAUUGCGAGGUGGUGUUCAAGCACCUUACUACUGCCGACUCAAGCUGGGCCUCCUUUGGUCACAUUACCGACGAGGUUCGCGCUCUAGCUUCGCAGAUGCGAGCUGCCUCUUUUUCCCAUAUAAAACGCAGUGGUAAUGCUGUAGCUGACAAGCUUGCCCAUUUAGCUAAGUUCUCUUGUGAUCCUCAGAUUUGGAUUGAAGACAUCCAUUGUAAUGCAAAAAAUCUUGUAAUAAUUGACAGAAGUUUUCUGUCCAUCUAA